UGACGCGCUCUACUUAACCGCGCAAUUUUGAACGUUCUCAAAAUGACGUCGAAACUGCCUCAACGACAGACGUAAACAAACGCGAUGAUUUGACGACAACCGCGUUAAAAGACCACGGAAUCUUCAUAUUUUUGCAGUAAAAAUGGGAAACGAGAAACAAAUCGGUAAAGGAAGGCGUUAUGCCGACGAUGAAGAUUCUACGGACAUAAAACAAAGCUGGUGUUUUAAUAUGACCUCAUCAGGAUCUACCCAGAGAACCCCAUGCAAAAGGAAAAGUUCCAAAGGUGAAUGCAGCACAAAUGUUAGAUUUGACGAUAUCGAACAAAAUGCUGAACGCCACAACGAUGAAGUGGAACCAGUCAAACGGAAGUUGCCACGAAAAACGAAAGGAUUUAAUGUGACGAGUAAAAUCCGAAAGACUUUCACAAUGUGCUGCACACCAGGCCGAGAUUUAUCUGUUGAAAACGAUGAUAAAAUAAGAGACGAGGAGAAGAACAUCCGCGAAAGAAAUUCAGACGAUGCUUAUUCCAAUCUGAAAAAGAAAUAUUCCCCACAUUCUUCAAAGAACAAGGGACCGGAAAGCAACGGCAAUAGCUCUGACUGGUCAGUCAGUUCACCAAUAGUACGACCAAAAACGCUUAGCAAAUCUUGUACUAAAGCAGGGUCGGCAAAGCAAAUGCAGAACAGACAAAUCAAGUCAAUUUACAAACCGUCAGUUAGAAAGUCGUCUAUUGUUCCUUUGACCAAAGAAACAAGAACAGCAAAACUACCGGUAAAUGGUGAUGCAAGUGGUGAAACUGAGGUGAAACACAGCAAGGCACAACACGAUUUUGAUCUUAUUGAAGAUAAAGGCGCUUCAAGACCUGCUGUCACUCGGGAAAGAAUAAUAAAGCAUGCACGGCGCAGAACUAGAAGUUUUGCAAAACAAGAGAAUGAACCCGUGUUAGUCACAGUUGAACCGGACACUGUUACAACAAAAACCGGCAACACUCCAAAAUCUGGCUCGCAGCUAACUAAUGCUACAGACUACGUUAAAGUAGAUGUUCCUAAAGCAGGAGAGGUACAACCAGUUUAUAUUGAGACAGAGGCAACGGUUGAUUAUGGACGAUGUGUCGUUGAACCUAGCUAUGGUGAGAAACCUGAUAGAAAGAAGCUGCGAACAGGGAAAAGAGAGAAGGUAAAGACGAAAGGACAAGCGAAUAAACAUCUCAUGGCUAAAAAAGAAAAUAGGGACUUCGAGACAAUGAUAGACGAGUACCUCGCAGAAAUUGAUGACUACGAAGAAGUCGAUGAUAAGGUGGAAAUUGUCGCUGAAAAAGAAGAAACGGAGAAUGCGACGACACCAUCACCCGCUGUUAUGAAUGCAGUUGAUCAACCACAAGUCCUGGACGAUAGAGAAUUUCAUCUUGUUCCAGAUGAGAUAAAGAGAGUAGAUGACCCAUUUCUCGAAGAUGUUGAGGAACUUUACAAGGUUUCCACACCUGGUUCUAAUAAGAAGGAAAAAAGAAAACAGAAGGCCGAUAGAAAGAAGGAAAAUCGAUCUAGAAAAAGUGGACAAACUGUCUUAAAGUUGGCAUAAAUUCAUUAGAUUUUCGAUUUUAUUUAAGCGCGAAGUCUGAAAUAUCUCUCUUUGUUAAGUAACUAGGUACCUAAAGUUAUGCAAAGAUUGACUGUUGAAUGUUAAAAUCCAUAUUACAUUAGGUUUGUUCGUGCAUUUAAAUUGUAUAUUUUAUCGGAAAAUAAAUUGAAAUAUUAA